AUGUUGGUCCAUUUAUUCGGAGGUGCAUCAUCUCCUUGCUGCGCGAACUAUGCGCUCAAACGUACUUCAGAAGAUAACAAGCAUGACUUCGAUGCAGAAACUAUCAAAACAGCGAAAGAAAGCUUCUAUGUUGAUGAUUGUCUUCAUUCUUUAAAGACAGAGUCAGAAGCAAAACGUCUGAUAAAACAACUUCAAGAAUUACUGUACAAAGGUGGAUUCCAUUUGACAAAGUGGACGUCUAACUCAAUGAACAUCGUUGAAUCAGUCCCGGAGGAAAAAAGGGCAACGUCAGUUAAGGAAUUAGACUUGGACCUCGAUGAUAAAAUGUUGACUGAGAGAGCUUUGGGCGUAAGAUGGAAUUUGUCAUCAGAUACCUUUAGGUUUCGGAUCAUUGAAAAAGACCGCCCAGCAACAAGACGUGGGAUGCUAUCCAUAACCAGCUCUGUAUAUGAUCCAUUAGGAUUUGUUAGUCCAUACAUCUUACCAGCAAAAGCCAUUCAGCAAGAACUGUGCCGACACGGUCUAGGAUGGGACGAUAAGGUUCCAGAUGCAAGUAAAAUAAAAUGGGAGGAUUGGCUCAAGGACCUUCCUAAGUUUGAGCAGUUCACUAUUCCAAGAUGUCUCAAGCCCUCUAACUUUGGAAACGUAGUCAAACGAGAACUACACCACUUUUCAGAUGCAUCAAGCCAUGGAUACGGUGCUGUUUCCUAUCUACGCCAGUUGAAUGUACAUGGAGAUGUAUGCUGUGCUAUUGUAAUGGCAAAAUCUAGAUUAGCUCCUCUAAAGUCAAUUACUAUACCCAGGAUGGAAUUAUCAGCAGCUGUCGUAUCCACACGAUUGGAUAGAAUGAUAAAACAAGAACUAAUGAUGCCUAUCGACAGCUCCACGUAUUGGACUGAUAGUACAUGCGUUCUACGUUAUCUAGAAAAUAAGGAAACAAGAUUUCAAACCUUUGUAGCAAAUCGAAUUCAACCAUACUCGACCAAAGUGAAGCAAGUCAAUGGAGAUUCGUUGACGGAUCACUGA